UGCAGGAAGGACGGCAGCCUGGCGAGCAGCCUGGCAAGCUAACUGAGGAGUCUCUGAAGAGGACGACUGUGAAGCUGAACGGCUUUUAGUUCAGGCGGGACAGAAAUCGCCUGGCUCCGGAUUUCAUGGUGUAGAUGAGGACCAGCAGGCACGAUUUGGCCACACGAGACAGUCAACAUGCAUCGAAUAACAGGAAAAUCUGGAGGGGACAGUCUGAUUGAGAUGAGCCCCACAGAAUCUUUCAACGAUGAUGUAAAUGGCUACCACCAACACGCCUCAUCCAGCACAGGAUCCCUCCAGCAGGGACAAUCAGCGAUUGACAAACAACAACAAAGUAAAGACUCAGUGUUCUUCCGUGAUGGAGUGCGCAGGAUUGAUUUUGUUCUGUCCUAUGUUGAUGAUAAAGAUGGUGAGAGAAAACAGGAGAGGAGGAAGGUGUACGAGGCCAAUUUAGAGAAAGUUGGCCUGGAGCUGGAGACGGAACAUAAAUCAGAGUCAGAUGAUGGAAAGACUUACUUUGUGAAGAUCCAUGCUCCAUGGGAAGUGUUGGCAACGUAUGCAGAUGUACUGAAGAUCAAAGUCCCCUUCAAGGCCAACGACAUCCCAGACAACAGCGACAUGCCCAUGAACUGGCUGUCCACCCCUUUUCGUCUGCCAGCGGAAAUCAUGCACCCUGAGCCAGACUAUUUCACAGCUCCUUUCAACAAGAGCAAGUCGGACUUCUUCCUUAUCGACAACAAAGACACAUUCUUCCCCCCUUCCACUCGCAACAGGAUAGUCUACUAUAUCCUGUCCCGCUGUUCAUACUUCAGGGAUGAAUGUGGGGACAAAGACAAGAAGGGAAUCAAGAGGUUACUCAACAAUGGCACCUACACUGCUGCCUUCCCCCUACAUGAUUGUAGAUACUGGAAAAGAUCAAGGGAUGCUAACUGCGAAAGUGAGCGAUACAAUCUCUACAAAAACUGGGCCAGAUUCUUCUAUUUCUUCAAGGAGCAGCCCCUCAACCUUAUUAGGAAGUAUUAUGGAGAGAAGAUAGGUAUUUAUUUUGCGUGGCUGGGUUUCUACACUGAGAUGUUGUUCUUUGCUGCAAUAGUAGGGACAAUUUGUUUCGUCCACGGAUUCCUCACUUAUGAUGACAACGAGUGGAGUAAAGAAAUAUGUAGCGAGGAAAUUGGAGGCAACAUUGUCAUGUGCCCGCUGUGUGACAAGAAGUGUGGCUACUGGAAACUCAACUCAACAUGCAACUCCUCAUGGCAAUCACACUUAUUUGACAACGUAGGAACAGUGUUUUUUGCCAUAUUCAUGGGGAUUUGGGUGACGCUGUUCCUGGAGUUCUGGAAGAGGCGGCAGGCCCGUCUUGAGUAUGAGUGGGAUCUGGUCGACUUUGAGGAGGAGCAACAGCAGCUGCAGCUUCGGCCAGAGUACGAGACCAAGUGCACCAACCGCAAGCUGAACCGCAUCACUCAGGAAAUGGAGCCGUACUUACCCAUAACAAGCAAGUGUGCACGCAUGUGUCUAUCUGGAGCCACCGUCCUGUUCUGGAUCUCAUUGAUCAUUGCCUGCAUUAUUGGGGUGAUAGCGUACCGCUUGGCGGUAUACGCGGCCUUCGCCAGCAUCAUGAAGGACAGUCCAACCACUAACCUGCAGGUGGUUGGCCCCUACAUCACGCCACAGCUGGCCACCUCUGUCACCGCCUCCUGCAUCAACUUUGUCAUCAUCAUGGUCCUCAACCUCAUGUAUGAGAGAGUGGCUGUUUGGAUCACUGAUAUGGAAAUUCCAAAGACCCACCUGGAGUAUGAGAACAAACUGACGGUGAAGAUGUUCCUCUUCCAGUUUGUCAACUACUACUCCUCCUGCUUCUACGUGGCUUUCUUCAAGGGCAAGUUUGUCGGCCACCCUGGAAAUUACACUUACAUGUUUGGCAACUGGAGCAAACUGAGGAAUGAAGAGUGUGACCCUGGUGGCUGUCUGAUUGAGUUGACCACCCAGCUGGUGAUAGUGAUGACCGGUAAACAGGUGUGGGGCAACAUCCAAGAGGCUCUGGUCCCGUGGCUGAUGAACUGGUGGGGCAGCAGGAAGGCACGAAACCACCCAGAGAGUCUGUACAGCCGCUGGGAGCAGGACCACGACCUGCAGGGCUUUGGGCAGCUGGGCCUUUUCUACGAGUACUUGGAAAUGGUGAUCCAGUUUGGUUUCAUCACACUCUUUGUUGCCUCCUUCCCCUUGGCACCACUGCUGGCACUUAUCAACAACAUCAUUGAGGUUAGAGUGGAUGCCUGGAAGCUCACCACUCAGUUCAGACGUCCCGUGGCAGCCAAGGCCCACAGUAUCGGAGCGUGGGAGGAAAUCCUCAGUGGGAUUGCUGUCCUCUCUGUUGUCACAAAUGCAUUCAUUGUGGCCUUCACCUCUGAUAUGAUCCCUCGGCUCGUGUACAUGUAUGCCUACCGACCACAGGGUGAGAUGAAUAUGAAAGGCUACAUAAACAACAGCCUGUCAGUGUUUAACAUCUCUGAGAUCCCACUGGCCAACAGCCCUGAGGAAGGGGAGAACCCCUCCUGGUUCAACAGCUCCAUCACUACCUGCAGGUAUCGUGAUUAUCGCAAUCCGCCUGGCCAUGAGAAGCCGUACUCCCACACUAUGCAGUUCUGGCAUAUUUUGGCUGCCAAGCUGGCUUUCAUCAUUAUCAUGGAGCAUGUUGUGUUCUCUGUCAAGUUCUUCGUAGCCUGGAUGAUCCCAGAUGUUCCCUCUGAUGUGAGGGCUCGAGUAAAGAGAGAGCGCUACCUGGUCCAGGAGUAUCUCCAUGACUACGAAGUGGAGAAGCUGAAGGUCCAACUCAGCCAUAACGGCAACAAUGACUGUACCUGCACGCCCAUGAUCUAUCCAUCUUUGCCCCAACAUGAGGUGCUGUCAGAGUGUCUCUAGCCCAGCGAGCCGCUGGUCAAUCAGCUGGACAUGAUGCCCUGCUUGUGUAUUGUGAUACUGAGCAUCUCUUUGCUGCAGUGCCUGAGUUGUUUGUGCAGCAAACACAUACAAACAACCUUUAUUAAGAACUAGAGGCUUCCUUAAUUCACAGCCAUCCUUUCUCUACUAAUCUGCUGAUAGUGGAAGUGCACACAGGUGAAAGAGCAAGUCUCCAUGCAUGCUGAAACUCCAGGCACUUGAAUUUAAAUGUCUGUCUCAUAUUUAUGGCUUUUCACUCUCUAUGUUGUCCUUAUAGUGCUGAGGAUAAUCAAAAUUUUCUGUAAGGAAAGAAAGAGGAAAUCUUACACACUGUGUCUAAACCAGACAAUUUGGUCUGGUUUUCAUAUAGGACUAUUUAUUUAAGUGCCACCAUUAGUAACCAAAGACUGGAUGCCUUAAUAUAUCACACACGUAUCACUGAUAUUCUGUAUCUGCCAGUAGAAUAACAAUAUUAUUUGGAAAUGAGAUCUUGCUUGUAUUCCGGUUUGGAUAUUUCUUUGUUUAUAUGUACAGCGAUAUGAACGGUUCCACUGUCAUGUACUGUAAGUUUACGUUCAACUCGAUUUAUUUUGUUUUUACUGCAACAAAUGUGAGCAUUGUUUAUUUGACAGCAUUGAGGUCAUGGCAAGGAUGUAACACACUUUUACCAAAUUAUUGUCCUCGCUCCACUGGCUGUUCAGAGGCCUGGUCACAUUUUGCUAGGAUCUCAUAACAGCCCGACAGUUGCUCCAGGACAGAACCUGACAUGUGAAGUAGGUUUUUAUGAAGAGAAACCUGUGCUGCUGUUACCACUGUGAGUAAGGGCAGAGUUUGUCCUGCAAUGGCCAGUUGUUGAGCAGACGCAGCAGCAGCAGCAGCUGGUGCAUGUUGACUGUUGACUUGUUCCUGGAGAUGGGAAGUGUGAGUGAAGAGAUCACUUUUUAAUGUGCCUCUGUUUACCAACACAUUGGCGCUAAUGAAAGCCUGCCCCCACCUACUCAACUAUGUUUGCUCCAUUACACAAAGCACAUCAGCCAUCGCCUAGUUCUCAUGCUUCUGGUUCCCUCAGCUGUGUCUGUGUAGAGAAGGAAAGAUACACAUUCUUUUUUUUUUAUUUUGCACAAAGCACUUAAUGAAAGCUGACUACCAAGGCAUAAACAUGUCAGUCUAUUUGUUGUCCUGAAACUACUUAUUCAUAAUCAGUGUUUUCAAGCAGCAAUGUGUGAUAGUCUUUGUUGAUUUAAAUGGAACAACAGUUGUACUGUCGUAAGAAGUUCAUUGUUCUGGUUUUGAUAUUUAUAUUGAGCUUAAAUGCCAACGUAGAGAAACAUGUAGUUUUUUGUUUUGAGAUUAUAUCAGGAUAUUUCAUGUUAAUUAAGCUGCAUACACAGAAAUAUGUGAGUAGUGUUGAAGUAUUUGAAUUUUAUGUAAAAUAACUGAUUGGUUGUGCUUCAAACUCUAAAUCUUAUGUUGGUUUGAGAUGUGUGUAGAUGUGACCACUUCAGCUGAGAGAAAUGUUGGACUGUUCCACUUUGCCUUUUUCAUGGCCGGCGCUUAGCUAAACUGAUGCCUAUUGAUGCCUUAAUACAUCUAAUUACUUUGUCUUUUAUUUUUAUUUCUUUGUACAUCUCCUUUAAAUUAACUUUUUUCUUAUGUCUAUCCUCUUUCGUCAUGUUGUAGUAAUAUUUUAUUUUAUACUGUUACCAAACAUGAAAAAGGGGAACCUGUUUACUGUAUGCUUAAAGUUACAAUUUCAUGUUUUCAUUUAUUUUCUUCUGUAAUUUUUCCAAUUGUCCUAUAUCCCAAACGUGUAAUGCAACAAAGACAAUUCUCCAAAAUAAAGUACCAGUUCAACUUGA